CGGGGCAUCCCACCGGGGGCCGGGAUCCUGGGGCUCGGCCUGGAGCGGGACACACCCUAGGGGAGGGGACACACCCUAGGGGAGGGGACACACCCUAGGGGAGGAGCCACCGUUUCCGUUCGGGCUCCCAGGCCGCCACCGGGCCAGCUCGCGCUCCCGUUUCUGCAGCUCCCCGGCCCGGACGACAUGGCUCAGGAUCGUCGCACCUGCGCUCUGGAGCCCGAGCACGUCCAGCGCCUGCUGCUGUCCUCCCGAGAGGCCAAGAAGUCCGCCUACUGCCCCUACAGCCAUUUCCCGGUGGGGGCAGCCCUGCUCACCGGAGACGGGCUGAUCUUCUCCGGAUGCAAUGUAGAAAACGCCUGCUAUGCACUGGGCAUCUGUGCUGAACGGACUGCAAUCCAGAAGGCCAUCUCUGAAGGGCACAAGGACUUCAGGGCCAUUGCUAUCUCCAGUGACUUGCAAGAUGAUUUCAUCUCACCAUGUGGGGCUUGCAGGCAAGUGAUGAGAGAGUUUGGCACUGACUGGGCCGUGUACAUGACCAAGGCAGAUGGUACUUAUGUGGUCAGAACAGUCCAGGAGCUGCUGCCUGCAUCCUUCGGCCCUGAGGACCUGCAGAAGAUCUAGCAAAGGCCACACAGCACCCACUGUCCGGAAGGCCUUGGGUUCCCACAGGUGUUUAAGGGACUGGCACUGAAAACUUCGGAAAGAUGCCAGCUCAGGGACACCCGCCAAAGAAGCCCCAGCUCUCCCAGAGCUGGGCAGAGGUGAUUUUUCCUUAGGAUCCCAAGUCUGUCCUGCUUCUCCAGCACUGCCUGGGAUUCUGUCCUGUUCUGGGUGACCUUGCCAAUUAUAAACAUCACAGAACAUCCUGAUUCAGAAGAAUGCAUUUUUGCUCUUUGUCUCUGUUGUUGCAGGGUGAUUUAUCUUUUUAGAAAGACUUGGACACUCUCGCUGGGGGAGAAAACAGGCACCUUGGAGCUGUGUACCUUUUGGUGUGGAGGCCGAGUCCUCGUUAUGACCUGUGUCUUGAUGUCCUCCCACCCCCAAAGCCCCAUGCAGUCAUAUGUGGCGCUUUCUCUGGAAUUGAUUCAUGGUACACUGCUAGGCACUAGGAUUGAGCGUGUAAAUGCUACUUCCCCUAAGUAAUCUGCAUAAGAUUAAAGGGGCAGCAAGAUGCUCUUAAGGUUCCUUGUUGCUUUUGCUACCCUGUAGGCAUCAUGUUGUUUCUUUUCUGUGAUGCCUGUCUGCCGUACAACCUACCUCGGAGCCAGUCAGUUGUGGACUGAAACAAAUAAACCUUUCCUCCUUUAACUUUGGGGAUCAGGUAUUUUGUCUCAGCGACAAGAAAAGUAACUAACACUGUCCUUUAGCUUCCUGUCCCUGUGAUUCUGGGUGGGAGACUCUUAGGCUGGUCCUGAUGCCAGUACCCAUGUGCUGUCUUGGAUCUGGAAUGUUCCCUGGUGAUGACAUGUUACAAGCUUAGUCCCCAGCCUGUGUCAAUGCUGGGAGGUGAUGAAACCCUUCUGAAGUGGGACCUGGCAGAAGAUCUUCAGAUCACCGGUGCCCGUGCCCUUGAUGGGGAUUGUGGGAUUGUCUCUCUCUCCUUCCCUUCCUGGCCCUGAAGUGAGUGGGUUUUGCUGCCCACCAUGAUGGCCUCCUCACCACAGGCCCAAAACAACAGGACCAAUGGAUCAUGGACCAAAACCUCCAUAACUGUGGGCCAAAAUAAACCUUUUUUGUUUAUAAGUUGAUUAUCUUGGAUGUGUGGUACAGUGAUGGAGCAUGGACUAACACACACUUUCCAGUCUGAGUCUGGUUUGGGCUCAGUAUGGACCUGGGUGCUGGCUGCCAUCCACCCCUAUGGCCACGGCUAAAAGUGGCUUUCAGUGUGAAGAGGGAGCCAUAAGACUUACUGUGCACCACGUAGCUCUGGGUGUGUUGUUUCUUACGGAAAAUGCUCAGCGGUUCUGGUAGGUGGGACUUUCUCCUGAGAGAGGAGAACACCGUGACACAGAGGCUGAGAGCUUGCUCUAGGACUGCGGCAAAGCUCAGCACAGAAUCCAGGUCCCUUGACCCGCCUCUUGGUCCAGAAACAUUGCGGGCUCAUUUGCUAGAUUAAGGUGUUCAGCACACAUGAACCCAUUUGAUCUGUAUACCAAACCCAAAGAUAAAUGUUAUCACCUUCACUCUGCCAAUAAGUCCAAUU